AUGUCGAAACAAAUAACACCUGAGGGGGUAAUUCGCUUUACUUGGUUCAGCGUAGCUUUAAGCUUUUGUUGGCCGCUUUCCGAUGACAGUAGCAGAAGUCAAGUCCUUGGUUUUAGAAUUUUACAAAUCAGUGCCGUUGUCAACGCCUUUCUGAUGCUCGUGACUUCGAUAUAUUCGUUUUUCUUAAACCUCGAUAAUAUGACUGCUCUUUUUAGAUGUAUCUUCCAGGUGAUAUAUACCGCGCAACUUAUUCUUCAGACUUUCAUAUGCUGGAAGAAGAGCGACUCUUUGCAACGUAUAAUUCGGGAAAUGAUGAAAUGUAUUAACGAGGCAAAACAGUACGAAAGAGAGAUUUUCGACGCGUAUAUUGCCAAAUGCAACAUUUUUUACGGCAGUUAUGUAGUCAUUCUAUAUAUAGCUACACUCUGUUUUAUGCUUGGAACUUUAUUCCUGUCGUCUGUACUUCCAUUGAGUAUAGAAUAUCCGUUUCCAAUUAAUUAUACGGCAGUAAGCGUUGUCAUUAAUCUACAUUACAUUAUCCUUUUUAUCACAUGCGCUGCACAUGUAUGCAUGUGCGUAUUUGGUGCCCUUUUACUGUGGUUCACAGCCGCAAGAUUCGAAUGUUUGGCCGUGGAAUUCGAGGCGACUACAAAUAUUUCUAUGUUGAUCUAUUGUAUUAAGAAACAAUUAUAUUUAAGGAGAUACGCAGAAGAGGUGAUCGGCUGUUUUCGUUUUAUGGUAUUUUAUUUUUUGUCAUUAGCAACAUUUUUCGUGACAGGAUUGGGAAUUAUAUUGGUUAUAGAUACCUCAACAAUUACGAGGAUGGAGUUCGUGAGUCACAGUUCAUUCUCUCUCAUGCACGUCUACAUGUAUGCGUGGCCAGCUGAUUUAGUACAGGAUAUAAGCGAAAACGCUUCAAGAAGUGCAUAUGAUAUGAAAUGGUAUGAACAGUCUUUAGAAAUGCGAAAGUAUAUACUGAACGUAUUGGUUUAUCAGAAGCCAGUAACACUUAGUGUCGGUUGUUUAAUGCCAGAGCUUACCUUGCGCUUUUUUUGUUCGUUUAUGUCCAACGCCCUGUCCUUCUGUACCGGUUUGCGUGCUAUGGUACAAGACGAGCCAGAAUAAAUGUGUCAUAAAUAGCUAAUAGUCGAGAUUAGAAAUCACAAAAGGAUAGUUGUGUGGAGAUAGAUAACUGUGGAUAUACGUGCCCUAAAUGGCUAAUAGUCGAGAUUAGAAAUCACAAAAUGAUAGUUGUGUGGAGUUCCAUAACUAGUUGUAUCGAUGAGAAUAUUUAUACCUCUAAAGUGGAACCUUUUUAGAACGUACGUGAAUUAGAUAAAAACAUUGCCAGAGAGUAAAUCUGGAUCUUUACGUUUGAUUACUGUUCUUUUUUUUGUUGUAUCAGUUAUAAUUAAUAGACAGAAGAAUGCUGCUAAAUACACUUAUUCCAUGAAAUAUCGAUUUCAACCCUACCUACAACGAUAAUAUCGCGACAAAUGUAGGCUUGUCUUAAAAGAAACUCGUAUUGACAGAUUUUCUGGAUGUUUAGAGUAACGGUUCGUUCUUUGUUCGAAUAGCUUUUCGUAUUGCGAAUAACAGCCAUUAUCAGAGAAACUGAGUAUGUAGCUUAUUACACAUAUGCAAUUUUAGUUUUGCAAAGAACUUUUAGUUUUGCUAUAUGAAUAUUGACAUCGGUUCAUAAUAACUUCCUAUUGUAUCUGUCUAAUGUCGCAUGCUCCAGUUAUGUAAUGCGACCAAUGAUUAUGAUCAUGGGUAUACCAUGAUUUUUGGGGAUUUAUAUUUUUACCGUGAUUAAGAAUUAAAUCACGAAUAAAGGUAUGUAUUAUAUUCUAUAUACUAUAACGCAUAUGUUACCUUUUAUAUUCUACGGGCUUUCCUACUAAUACCAAGUUCUUACUAAUUACCAAGGCUUGGGUAUUAUUUAAAUGAAAUAUUUGAAAAAUGAUUAUUUAAAUGACAUACCAUGUUCUCUUUGUCUCUAUAUUAUUUUUUAAUAACGUUGCUUUAAUUUAUUUGACUAACUAAAUUGAUCAAAUUGAUCAAAAAGUGAGUUAUUAAAUUCGUGUCCCUAAUUUGUAUUUUAAGUAUUUUUUCAAGCUUAUUCAUUUGUUUUUAUUAUUUGAUAUCAAAAGAUGUAUGUUUCAACAACGGAUUGUAGCGUGUAGUCGAAUAAGUACUAAUGUGCAUUAAGUUUAUUUGUAGCGUUUUUACUUUGGAAUUCGAGAACUGUUCUAAACUGUGCGUGUGUGAAAAAGCAAAUACUGUUAAGAGGUUACUGUUAAGAAGGUAAAGGUAAUAUUUUAUAAUAUAUGAAUUAAAUAGUAUAUAUGGUUUUUUAUUUUUUAGAUAAACGUAUGAAUUAACGACAUUUAAUAGUUUAUAAAUGAUUUUUCUUUUUCCUAGAUACGCAAAAGAAGUGAUUAGUUAUUUACGCUAUUUGGUAUUGUAUGCUAUUACGAUAGGCACGUUAGUUUUGACUAUAUGUAGGAUUACAAUGAUUGUGGUAAGUUUGUGUAUAACAUAGAGAGAGAGUACAACUUGUAAUUACAUAUACUCUGUGCUCAUGCAAAUUUACAUGUAAGCGUGGCCAGCUGAUCUCAUGGAGGAUAUGAUACAUCAUACUGAACUUAUAAAUCACAUUUGGUUAAGCAUAAUCUUUUUAAUUUUUCCUUUUCAUAAUCUCUACAAUAUAAACAUUUCACAAAGU